AUGUCGAAGUACGCGAAUCCCGAGUACUGGGAGGACCGCUACCGCAGCAACGACACCACCUUCGACUGGUUCGUCACCUAUGACAACCUGCAGACCAUCCUGCGUCCUCUGCUGCAGCCGGCGGAGCAGAUUCGGGUGCUGGUAGUGGGCUGCGGCAACAGCCGUCUCUCUGCUAACCUCUAUGAGCACCUCAACAUCAAGAAGAUCACCAACGUGGAUGUGUCGCCGACGGUGAUCAGCCAGAUGCAACGCCGCUACUCGGAGAUGAACGAGAUGCAGUGGAUCUGUGUCGAUGUGCUCACCACCCCGAUAGAGAAGCUGAUGCUGGAGCUGUGCCCGAACGACUAUCUCUAUGAUUUUAUUGUGGACAAGGGCCUCGUGGACAGCAUCCUCGGCGGCUCAAACUCCUUUCACAACCUGUACACCUUCAACAAGAACAUGUCACGCCUGCUGAAGCGCGGCGGCCGCUUCGUCGUUGUCUCGUACGGGUCGCCCGAGACGCGCAUGGACCACUUCCGGCGCAAGAAGCUCAACUUUGAUGUGGAGCACAAGCUGCUGGAGAAGCCGAUGCUAAGUUCCUCUACCGCCAGCCCCACCGGGCACUACCAUGUGUACAUCAUGGUGAAGGUUGGCGCGAAGCAAAGUGUCGGUGUCGCCGUGGCAGCAGGCGACGCCGAGUCGGAAGACGACGACGACUUCUACGACCGCUUCAUGACGCAUAACUCCGCCGCCAUCUGA